GUGGUUAGAGUCCCAGUGGAAAGCUGCGAGCAGUACACCACUUGUGGGGAGUGUUUGGGCUCCAGAGACCCUCACUGUGGAUGGUGUGUCCUCCACAAUGUAUGUUCACGCAAGGACCGGUGUGAGCGAGCCGGAGAGCCCCAGAGGUUUGCUUCAGACCAGAGGCAGUGUGUGGAGCUUACCGUUCAGCCAAAAAACAUCUCUGUCACCAUGUCUGAAGUCCAGCUGGUCCUCCAGGCUCAUAACGUGCCUGAUCUGUCAGCGGGGGUCAACUGCUCCUUCGAGGACUAUGUGGAGACGGAGGGACAGAUCCAGGGUGGUCACAUUUUCUGCAUGUCUCCCUCCAUCCGGGAAAUCAUCCCGAUCACCAGGAACAAAGGUGACAAGCGAGUGGUGAAGCUCUAUCUGAAGUCAAAGGAGACGGGCAAGAAGUUCGCCAGCGUUGAUUUUGUUUUCUACAACUGCAGCGUCCACCAGUCCUGCCUCUCCUGUGUGAACGGCUCGUUCCCAUGCCACUGGUGCAAGUAUCGCCACAUGUGCACUCAGAACGCCAAUGACUGCUCUUUCCAGGAGGGACGCGUCAACAUCUCUGAGGACUGCCCUCAGAUCCUUCCCUCAACGCAGAUCUACAUCCCUGUGGGGGUGACCAAGCCUAUCACGUUAGCCGCCAAGAACCUGCCCCAGCCCCAGUCGGGACAGAGGAACUACGAGUGUGUCUUCCACAUCCAGGGGGAGAUGCACAGUGUGCCCGCCCUGCGCUUCAACAGCACCUCCAUCCAGUGCCAGAAAACAGCGUAUGCCUAUGAGGGCAAUGACAUCAGCGACCUGCCGGUGAAUUUGUCUGUGGUCUGGAACGGAAACUUUGUCAUCGACAACCCGUUCAACAUCCAAGCCCACCUAUAUAAGUGCUACGCCCUGAGGGAUAGCUGCGGGAUGUGUCUGAAGGCGAACCCCAGGUUUGAGUGCGGCUGGUGCGUACAGGAGAAGAAGUGCUCCAUGAGGCAGGAGUGUACUCCUCUAGAGAGCACUUGGAUGCACGCCACCACAGGAAACAGCCGCUGUGCGCACCCCAAGAUCAUCAAGUUGACUCCGGAGACGGGACCCCGACAGGGAGGAACCAUGCUGACCAUCAUGGGGGAGAACCUUGGACUGCAGUUCAAAGACAUCCAGAACGGAGUCCGCAUCGGCAAGGUGGCCUGCAACCCUCAGGAGGACCAAUACAUCAGUGCUGAGCAGAUUGUGUGCCGGCUGAAUGAUGCAACAGGUUACAGAGUGCAGGAGGCUCAGGUAGAAGUGUGCGUUAGGGACUGCAUUCACCCAGACUACAAAGCCAUCUCAACCAAGGCCUUCACUUUUGUGUCUCCGUACUUUACACGGGUCAUUCCUUCCACUGGGCCGCUGUCUGGAGGAACAAGGAUUACUAUUGAAGGCAGUAAUCUCAACGCAGGCAGUUCUGUAGCUGUGAAGAUAGGACUCAACGCAUGCCGCUUUGAGAAGCGGAGCAACAGGGAGAUAGUGUGUGUGACCCCAUCAGGACAGAUCUCAGGAAAUACUCCGGUCAUGGUGGACAUCAACUCUGCCGAGCUGAGGAACCCAGAGGUUAAGUUCAACUACUCGGACGAUCCCACCAUCCUCAAGAUCGAGCCCGACUGGAGUAUCGCCAGUGGAGGAACCAUGUUGACCAUUACUGGAACCAAUCUUGCCACCAUCAAGGAGCCCAAAAUGAGAGCCAAGUAUGGAUCUGCCAAGUCAGAGAAUAACUGCACGGUUGUCAGCAACACGGUGAUGGUGUGCCUGGCGCCCUCUGUGGCCGGAUCAGAAAAAGGUUUCUCGGAUGUGGGCAGCAGUCCUGAUGAGAUCGGCUUUGUCAUGGACGACGUGCGCUCUGUGCUGGUGGUAAACGAGACUUUCAGCUACCACCCGGACCCCGUGUUCGAACCUCUGAGCCCCACGGGCAUGCUGGAGCUAAAGCCCAGCUCACCACUCAUACUCAAGGGCCGUAACCUAAUUCCUUCAGCCCCGGGAAACACCAAGCUGAACUACACGGUGCUGAUCGGGGAGACGCUCUGCAUACUCACUCUGUCCGAGAGCCAGCUGCUGUGUGAAUGGCCCAACCUGACCGGAGAACAUAAAGUCACUGUGCGUGUUGGAGGCUUUGAAUACUCUCCGGGGACGUUGCAGAUUUACUCAGACAGCCUGCUCACCCUGCCCGCCAUCAUCGGUAUUGGAGGAGGUGGCGGCCUGCUCCUGCUGGUUAUCAUUGUGGUGCUGAUUGCCUAUAAGAGGAAAUCACGGGAUGCCGACCGCACCCUCAAACGCCUGCAACUGCAGAUGGACAACCUGGAGUCCAGGGUGGCACUUGAGUGCAAGGAAGCCUUUGCAGAGCUGCAGACAGACAUCCAUGAGCUGACCCAGGAGCUGGACGGGGCAGGAAUCCCCUUCCUGGACUACCGCACCUACGCCAUGAGAGUCCUCUUUCCUGGGAUAGAGGACCACCCAGUGCUCAAGGAGAUGGAGGUCCCCGCCAACACGGAGAAGGCCCUGACACUAUUCGGCCAGAUGCUGACCAAAAAGCACUUCCUGCUGACCUUCAUCCGCACCUUGGAGGCGCAGCGCUCCUUCUCCAUGCGGGACAGGGGCAACGUGGCCUCCCUCAUAAUGACGGCGCUGCAGGGGGAGAUGGAGUACGCCACGGGGGUCCUCAAACAGCUCCUGUCCGACCUCAUCGACAAAAACCUGGAGAGCAAGAACCACCCAAAGCUCUUACUCAGGAGGACGGAGUCAGUCGCUGAGAAGAUGCUCACCAACUGGUUCACCUUCCUGCUUUACAAGUUCCUCAAGGAAUGUGCUGGUGAGCCUCUCUUCAUGCUGUACUGCGCCAUGAAGCAGCAAAUGGAAAAGGGACCAAUAGACUCAAUCACAGGAGAGGCCCGCUACUCCCUCAGCGAAGACAAACUCAUCAGGCAGCAGAUUGACUACAAGACUUUGACGCUGCACUGUGUGAACCCGGAGAACGAGAACGCUCCGGAGGUGACGGUGAAGAGCCUGAACUGUGACACCGUCACGCAGGUGAAGGAGAAGCUGCUGGACGCCGUGUACAAGGGAACACCGUACUCCCAGAGACCAAAGGCCUCCGACAUGGAUCUGGAAUGGCGGCAGGGUAGGAUGGCGCGCAUCAUCCUGCAGGACGAGGACGUCACCACUAAGAUCGACAACGACUGGAAGAGACUGAACACCCUGGCUCACUACCAGGUGACAGAUGGCUCAGUGAUUGCCCUGGUGCCUAAACAGAACUCAGCCUACAACAUAUCCAACUCCUCCACAUUCACCAAGUCCCUCAGCAGAUACGGUACGAUAGAGUAG